CAUCCUGUCCGUCAUGGAAUCCCCCAGGAAGGAAUUGAUGUCUGCCCUCUCCACUGCAACUCUCGAGAAUAUGCCGUCCAUCGAGCCAUUCUUUGUUCGCGGUCUGGAUUCUUCGAUGGAGCCUGUAGCAACCAGUUUCGCGAGGCUCAGACCGGUCUGAUUGACCUGAGCGAGGAAGAUGAAGAAGCCGUCGAGCACAUGAUCCACUACUUCUACCACCUGGACUAUCUUGUUUUCGAGGACGAAGAGGAGCCAGCUUCUCCUGUCUUCCGUCACCGUGCGCAAGAGGCCCUCCGUCAACGACCGCAAAAGCUUGACCUGUCUCACAUCGUGGACCCCCUUUUCGCUCAAGCCGCUGCUUGCGCCCCGCCCACGCCAGUCACGCCGUCGACGGAAGGUGUCGGUUCCCUUUCACGCUCGAGGCAUGACUUGAGCGUUAACCACUCGCCACGUGCAACGAGCCCGANNAAAGGCAAGAGCGGACUUCGCGGUACUGGUCCCGGCAGUGCUUCCAACUCUGGAUCUGAAUGCGAAUCUGAUGAGGAUGAGGAGUGCGAUUAUGAGACCGAUGAAUCGAACCUCCUCACUCAUACCCGCGUUUAUGCAUUGGCGGAGAAGUACGACAUCCCUGCUCUGAAGGAUCUUGCGAAAAGCAAAUUCGAGAUGGCCAUGGCUUGCUACUACGAUUCGCCAGAGUUCGCCGAUGCCAUUGAGGAAGUUUACUGCUCGACCAUCGACAGUGAUCGCGGUCUUCGCGAUGUUGUUAUCCAGGCUUUCAGGAACCACCCUCAGCUUGCCAGCACCCAGGAUGUUUUCGGCGUCAUCAAGCGCACUCCGACUUUAGCCUUUGAGCUUUGGAAGACUGAGAGAGGAAUUCCGGUU